AUGAAUGGCAACAAUUUUACACCACCGGCCUCGCCGGAAGAGCGCUCUCUCCUUGAAGAAGGAUGUCUUAGGCUUCGUGAGGCCAUGGAAAGUGGUGCAGCUGGUGAAUCAGAGCGGAUUAGGGAUGCUACACUCAAACUGGAACUCGAGAAACAAGACCUCUCUUACCAGAUUGAGCAAUUUAAAAAAGACUAUGACCUUAUCUUGCGGGAUCUGAAUGAGAAAACCAGAACCAAAACGCAAGCCGAUGAGCGAAUCAGAGUACUUGAGGAGACCCAGAGGAAGAUGUCCGAGGAACUUCAUGAUGUCUACAACGUGCUUUAA